GUCCAUCAUUGUGAUAAAAAAAUGGAAUUUGUGGUUAAGUAUAUCUUAAGAGCUGCAUACGAGUUAAGUAAGCGAUCAUUGAAAUAUGAACUGUUGAUAUUUUUAGUAAUUGAUAUUUUUAUAGUAUAUAUCUGUAAGAAUAUUCCAUUUAUAGUUUCUGAACAAGUUCUAACUCAAUUGAAUUGACCAAUUCAAAGAAAGUCGUAUAAUUAUGACAACUAUUAAGGAGUUAACUGCCUUACAUGAAUUAUUAGAAUCUGAAAAAUCCGUAUCACUAAGUAAUUUGGCGAAUGUUAAAAAAGUAUUUCUUUUACAUAAAGAAGCCCUUACAGAUGAGAAACUUGUAUUAUUCAAUAUUUACAAUCUCGGUCAUUGGAUAGAAGAUCUGGAUGGUAGUAGUAGUAAUUCAAGUUCAAUGAAGGAAUUGUCUAAAAGAGAUUUGGCAUUUGCACCAACUCUUGAAUAUACAAAGAAUAAUACUUUCAUGAAAUCCUCGUUAGGAAAUAUAAGUAUAAAGAAUUCUAAAAAUAAAUCUGUAAGUAAAGUUUUUAAAACGACCAAUAAAAUUUAUGUAAAAUAUGACAUAACUAAGGACUCAUCUAAGAUAACAAUGCUCAUGCAUCAUAUACUUCCUAUAUCUGAUAUCAAGAUUGGAGAUGAUUACUAUAGAUGGAUUUAUACCAAUACAAAAUCAGAAAAAGAUCUGAUAACUUUUAAAGGUACAUUAUACAAAUUAGGUAGAGAUCAAUUGAAUAUGUUCAACAAUAAUAUAUAUGAAAAAGAUUCUCAAUUCGGUCAGCAAGAAAAUUAUUUAUUAACAUCAUCUCUUACCAGAAACCUAGUAAUUGAUUUACACAGUGAUGCAAAACUCAAACCUUCUAGAAAUGCCACCAAGUUAGCUCAAUUGAUUUACCACUUAAAUUAUAAAGAUAAGACUGUAACUAAUGUUUUAGUAACCCAUAGAGUCAAAGAUUUAAAAGAAGAAGAAGCUGUAAAUACAGCCGUACUUUUCCGUUUCAACCAAGACACGAAAUUUAAAAGCCGUUCGAAUUUGAAGGGGUUAAAGUAUACCAGCAAAAUGGGUAUUAAGAAGGCGUUUUAAGCAAUCAUGUAUAUGAUAGCCCCUAAUUAAUUUUUAAGUUAUGAGGCUGAGCAGCUUCUUACGCCUUACUUGCAUA